AUGGACUGCCUUUCCAAGACGGACUGCCUUUCCAAGACGGACUGCCUGACCAAGACGGACUGCCUUACCAAGACGGACUGCCUUUCCAAGACGGACUGCCUUUCCAAGACGGACUGCCUUUCCAAGACGGACUGCCUUUCCAAGACGGACUGCCUUUCCAAGACGGACUGCCUUUCCAAGACGGACUGCCUUUCCAAGACGGACUGCCUUUCCAAGACGGACUGCCUUUCCAAGACGGACUGCCUUUCCAAGACGGACUGCCUUUCCAAGACGGACUGCCUUUCCAAGACGGACUGCCUUUCCAAGACGGACUGCCUUUCCAAGACGGACUGCCUUUCCAAGACGGACUGCCUUUCCAAGACGGACUGCCUUUCCAAGACGGACUGCCUUUCCAAGACGGACUGCCUUUCCAAGACGGACUGCCUUUCCAAGACGGACUGCCUUUCCAAGACGGACUGCCUUUCCAAGACGGACUGCCUUUCCAAGACGGACUGCCUUUCCAAGACGGACUGCCUUUCCAAGACGGACUGCCUUUCCAAGACGGACUGCCUUUCCAAGACGGACUGCCUUUCCAAGACGGACUGCCUUUCCAAGACGGACUGCCUUUCCAAGACGGACUGCCUUUCCAAGAUGGACAAGACUGGGGCCUACCAGCCAAAAGGACUUAUCACCUCGAAGGUCAGUCUCAGGUCAGUCUCAGGACCAUCCUUUCCCCCGUCCCUGGGUGUGGAUGAUGCAGCCAGUGGCCUGCAGUACCUUGUCUCCUUGUGA